AUGGCGAUGAAUUUUGUUACCUUCAACCAGGACUACAGCUAUCUCGCUGUUGCCACCUCCAAGGGUUUCCGCAUAUUCACGACCGACCCCUUCGCCAAGAGCUAUGAAACGAAAGAAGGGAAUAUCGCCGUGAUUGAGAUGCUCUUCUCGACCUCCCUCGUCGCCCUUAUCCUGUCCCCUCGACGAUUACAGAUCACGAACACCAAGCGUCAAAGCACGAUAUGUGAAUUGACAUUCCCAACCACAGUUUUGUCUGUGAAGCUAAAUCGAAAACGCCUGGUCAUCGUGCUCGAGGAUCAAAUCUACCUCUAUGACAUUCAGACGAUGGGACUAUUGUCCACGAUUGAUACCUCUCCGAACCCGCAUGUAGCUAUCUGUGCCUUGGCGCCUUCAUCGGAUAAUUGCUACAUGGCAUACCCUCUGCCUCAGAAGGCCCCCGCCACGGUCAAACAACCUGCGCAUGCUCCCCCGGGCACAUCGCAUGUCUCUCCCACCACUGGAGAUGUCCUUAUAUUCGAUGCAGUAAAGCUAGAAGCGAUCAACGUAAUCGAAGCGCAUCGUUCCCCACUCGCCUGCAUCACUCUGAACAGCGAUGGUACACUGCUCGCAACUGCCUCAGACAAAGGCACUAUCAUUCGUGUCUUCUCCGUCCCGGAUGGCCACAAGUUAUACCAAUUUAGGCGUGGAUCUAUGCCUUCCCGCAUCUAUAGCAUGUCCUUCAACACUACGUCCACAUUGCUCUGCGUCUCCUCAUCUACUGAGACUAUCCAUCUGUUCAAGCUGACCCAACAAGGUCCUUCUUCAGAUGGCUCAUCCGCGCAUUCUCCAGUCGGUCGCGACUCUCAUUCCGGAACUUUUGGACAGCAGGACGAGGAUGAGUACGGUGGCGAGAGCAACUCCGAUUUGGGAGCUAGAAAGCACAACGGCACGAUAAUGGGCAUGCUUCGCCGGACAUCCCAAAACGUUGGCGGAGCCGUUGCUGCAAGAAUGGGUGGAUAUCUCCCAAAGGGAGUUAGCGAAAUGUGGGAGCCCACACGAGACUUUGCCUGGUUCAAGCUGCCUCGUUCAAAUCAGAGUGCAGGUGGAAAUGGCAAUACCGGUCCGCUUAGGAGUGUCGUUGCUAUGAGUAGCAAUACACCUCAGGUUAUGGUUGUCACCAGUGAUGGAAACUUUUACGUUUUCAACAUCGACUUGUCUAAAGGUGGAGAGGGAACUCUCACCAAGCAAUACUCAGUUAUCGAUUCAAACGACAGACUGGGUUACCCUGCGGUGGAUUAUUGA